AAGACACCAUGGAUGAGCAGCAGCAUCAUCAGCUUGUUGGCCUGGCUGCCGUUACUGUCGCUGCCGUUCUGGAGCAAGCGUACUUCUCCUUGCAGGUGAUAAGCGCCCGGAGGAAGUUUCGCGUGUCACCCCCGUGUACGAGUGGACCUCCCCAAUUUGAGAGAGUCUUCAGGGCCCAAGUGAAUUGCUCAGAAUAUUUCCCUCUAUUCAUCGCCAUCUUGUGGACGUCCGGAGUCUUCUUCAGCCAAGGUGACGUCACAGCUACACUCACAGGGGCGUGUAGUUUGCGGUGACGUACGUGAUGAAUCGCGUGUGCUUGUGCGUGUCCCCCAGGUGCGUCUUGCGCGUGCGGCGCGGCCUACGUGAUGGCGCGUCUGUGUUACUUUCAAGGUUACGCAGAGUCGCCGCAGCAACGUUUGCGGGCGCUCUACGUGAGCGCGGGCUUCCUCUGGCUGCUCAUCGGCUUCUCCUGCAUCGGCAUUUUGCUGUCCUUCUGGCGACUUGCCGGCCGACUCCAACUUCUCAACUAGGCCGCCUGAGCCGUUGGUCAUCGGCCCAACUUCAGCG